AAUGACAGUUAGACAGCAAAAUAAGUAAAAAUGGCGGCCACCAUGGAUUCUGUUAGAGAAAAAGCUCUUCAAGAUUAUCGAAAAAAGCUUUUAGAACAUAAGGAAGUCGAAUCACGUCUUAAAGAAAUGAGGGAACACCUCAAAGAUCUGACAAAGCAGUAUGAUAAGUCUGAAAAUGACUUAAAAGCAUUACAAAGUGUUGGACAGAUUGUUGGAGAAGUAUUAAAGCAGCUUACAGAAGAAAAAUUCAUAGUGAAAGCAACCAAUGGUCCACGUUAUGUUGUUGGAUGUCGGCGCCAGUUGGAUAAAAACAAAUUAAAAUCUGGAACAAGAGUUGCUUUAGACAUGACAACUCUUACAAUCAUGCGCUAUUUACCACGUGAGGUUGAUCCAUUAGUUUAUAAUAUGUCUCACGAGGAUCCUGGUGAUGUUACAUAUUCUGCAAUUGGUGGCUUGAGUGAACAAAUACGCGAAUUACGUGAGGUUAUAGAACUGCCACUAUUAAACCCUGAACUUUUCCAAAGAGUUGGGAUCACUCCGCCUAAGGGGUGUUUAUUGUACGGUCCUCCUGGUACUGGAAAGACACUACUGGCAAGGGCUGUUGCGAGUCAGUUGGAUGCAAAUUUCUUGAAAGUUGUUUCAAGUGCUAUUGUCGAUAAAUAUAUUGGAGAGUCAGCUAGACUGAUUAGAGAAAUGUUUAAUUAUGCUCGCGAUCAUCAACCCUGUAUUAUAUUUAUGGACGAAAUUGAUGCUAUUGGUGGCCGCAGAUUUUCAGAAGGGACAAGUGCUGAUCGAGAAAUUCAGAGAACUUUGAUGGAAUUGUUAAAUCAAAUGGAUGGAUUUGAUUCUUUGGGCCAAGUAAAAAUGAUAAUGGCUACAAAUAGACCUGAUACCUUGGAUCCCGCGUUAUUACGACCGGGAAGACUGGAUAGAAAAAUUGAAAUACCACUACCCAAUGAACAAGCUCGUUUAGAGAUCUUAAAGAUUCAUGCCUUGCCAAUUGCCAAACACGGUGAAAUCGACUAUGAAGCAGUGGUCAAACUUUCGGAUGGUUUCAAUGGCGCUGACUUGAGAAACGUGUGCACAGAGGCUGGUCUGUUUGCGAUACGGUUAGAAAGAGAGUAUGUAAUACAAGAAGAUUUUAUGAAAGCUGUCAGAAAAGUUUCUGACAAUAAGAAACUUGAAUCGAAACUAGAUUAUAAGCCUGUGUAAAUUUAACGUAAUUCACUAUUUUAUAUUUAAAAAAUGACAUUAGAUGUCUAUUCAUUUCUGUAUAAUCUAAGUGUUGAGUCAUUCAGCAUAUCGUGCUUGCUAUUUGUUAUUAUAUUUUCUAAUAAAAGAAAAUUUU